AUAAGGAACACUCUCGACUCAUCACACGAAUUCAUAAAAAUGUAUGCCACUAUUGACCCCUUCAACAUGAAUACCUCCCAUUACAACUCCAACCUGAAUAAGUCCUCUGCAGGCAAGUGCAUACGAAAUACACAGAUCACCCGGAUUGUGUUCCCUGUACUCUACACCAUCCUCUUCAUCGGCAGUAUUGGCCUAAACAGUCUAGCCAUCCGAAUAUUCUUCCAGAUACCGAGUAGCUCCACCUUCAACGUUUUCCUGAAAAACAUUGUUGCUGCCGACUUUCUCAUGACUCUAACACUCCCUUUUAAGAUCCUCAGCGACACCCAACUAGCUCCCUGGCAGGUGAGGUGGUUUGUAUGUCGCUUUUCAUCAGUGAUCUUCUACUUCACCAUGUAUGUUAGCAUCAUUCUUCUGGGUCUGGUAAGCUUGGAUCGCUUCCUCAAGAUCACCAAGCCCUUUGGGAGAUCUUGCUUGCAUAAGACUGGAUUCAGCAAGAUUCUGUCAGUGGUAAUUUGGGCCACCAUGUUUCUUUUAUCUGUUCCCAAUAUUAUCUUGUCAAAUAAGGAGCCAACAGCAAAGUUGGUAAAAAAGUGUGCGGAUCUGAAGGGCCCGGCGGGAUUAAAGUGGCACAGCAUUGUAAAUUACAUCUGUCAGAUCAUCUUCUGGGUGGUGUGCAUUACUAUGGUUGUGCUGUACACCAUAAUAUCCAAGAAAGUCUACAAGUCCUACAUAAAGUCCAGAAGCAAAGAUGGCCAAACCCAGAGGAAGACAAAAGCCAAGGUGUUACUCAUUGUGCAGGUCUUCUUCACUUGUUUUGCACUAUUCCAUUUUGUCCGACUGCCGUACACAUUCAGCCAGAUGGGCAAAGUGAGGGACUGUGGGACACAGAACACCCUGUACUACAUUAAAGAGACGGGGCUCUGGCUUUGUGCCUCCAACAUCUGCCUGGAUCCUUUAAUUUACAUUUUCUUGUGCAAGGCCUUCAGAAGCAAGAUAUGUAAAAAGCAGGAAAACAACACAGGCAUAAGGAUGACGUUAAGAAUGACCCAAAGCACAGCAAAUGAAGAUUGAAUGCUGUAAGAACAUCUUCUAGAAUAGAGCUUGAAUGAAGAUCGAAUGGCAUAAGAACACCUUCUAAAUGGAGUUUAAAAGGAUUUUUCUUCACUUAUUUUCUACUUAAUGUUGGAUUUUGAUUUAAGAUCAUAAGAGUUAAGAGCAAAAUUAGGCCACUUGGCUGAUUAAUUCUGCUACUCUAUUCCAUAAUGGUUCCAUUUAAUAACAGAGAAUAUCUGAUUUAUUAUCCCUCACAGCCCAAUUCUGCUACCUUCUUCUCCUAACCUUUAACACCUUUACUAAUCCAGAACCUAUCAAUCUCUGCUUUAAAUAUAAC